UUUUUUAAGGUGGAUUUGUUAGUUGUGUUGUGAGAGAAACUUUGAAACUAUUUAAUAUUAAUCAGAGGGAAUUUCCGAAGUCGUUCGCGAGAUAGAAUGAUCGGUAUCUGGCACAACCACGAGAACGCAGUGGCGUUGAUGGGGGGCGGCGCCGGCCGCGGCCGAUAGUACGACGGCGGCCGCCCGCGCAGCGUCACCCACCGGCCGUCAGCCAUGGUGCGCGACAAGAAACCGCCGGGCAAGACCGACUCGCAGAAAUCAAGCACCAACCUAGUGGGAAAAUUCACGCAGAGCGUCCGCCGCAUCGUACAGGACGUCAAGGACGAGGGGGCUUCCAGCGGGCAGACGAAGGAAGAGGUGAUAGAGACGAACGAACGGCUGCGCAUGGUGCGGAUACGGCUGGACGAGAACUAUGAUACCGCCAAGAAGGCGCUGGUGACGCUCAUGACGCGCUACAACGAGUCCAAGGCGCAGAGGAACCUGUUCACCAGAUACGCGAUGCUGAAGGUCAUGAUCAAGGACGUCAUCCGUCUGGAGACUCAGUACUGGUCGUUAGUGGAGAUCCCCCGGCAGGAGAAGGCAGAGACGGUACCGGCCUUCGUGCUGCGCGCGUGCGCUAUCAUGGAGAAGACGCAAAAGUCUGGAGAAGGAGUCAAGACCUCGUCUAAGCUGGCCGAGGAGGCCGCUGAUCGGAGGGACAGGAUAGAAAGGCUGAGCGAUAUGACAACAUCCCAAAUAGAAGCCGAGAAUACGCAGAUGACAAACGACUUGUACCGCCUCCUGAAAAAGUACACCGGCUUAAGAAAUCUUAUAAGAGAAUUAAAGUCGGAGUAUGUAAGCACCAAAGUGUACCCGAUGUUCCCGCGGUACACGAUGCUGAAAGACAUGAUAAAGGACAUCAUGCACGACCCCGACUACAUGGAGGUGUGCCACGAGGUCGACCCAUAGCGCGGGGUUCGCAAAUAAAUGAGGCGCUCUUUUACAGACCGCGCGCGGUCGAGUCGUCGCUAGCGAGCGAGGGUCAAGAUCAGGAGGAAAAGGGUCCCGAGAAAUCGAUCCUGAGUUAUCGGAGAGCAUCGGCAACAAGUCGUUACAUUUUCGUGACGGGCAGUGCUGUGACAUGCUAGCGGCGGGUAGUGCGGCGAGUACUCAUUUAUUUGCGAUUAUUUGUUAUUGGACUUGCUUUAGUGUAAGCUUAGAUUCGAAUUAGUGUACUCGUCCUUCAAGAGCCUGUGAAGUUUCUUCUUCUUUCCAUAAUUCUCUUUUAAAUUAUUUUCCUGUUCUGUCAUUUGCUACUCUGAUUAUGUGUGUCUAUUGUAGAUCUUCCCAUAUAUUUAUAUCCUUACUCAAAUUCCUCUUACUAGUUCCAUUUGUUGAUAGUUGACGAUUAUAACAUUUAUAACAGAGAUAUAUAAUAAUGAUGUUGUUUUAAAAUAGACGCAAUUUAACUGUUUUCAAAUGGUGUAACCUUAACAUUAUUAGUUAUAAAUUGUAUGUUAGCACGAUAUUUUAAAUUUACUAUAAUUUUGUUGUAUUAUCAGCAGUGUUUUAGUUUAGUAAAUAUUUUGAGAUGAUGUGGGCAAAAUAGCUACUAAAUUGUAUGCUAAUGUAACUGCGGUUUUUGAUAUAAAAAAGAUCAUGACUCAUGAGUCAGUCAACACAAUUAGAUAGAAAACAUGUUAAUUGGAACUUUGUAGAUAAUUCAUGUCUGUCUAUUUUAUUGCUAUUAAUGCAGAGUAUAAUAGCUUUUGCAAGCUUUCCAAAUGUAACUCUACAUAAUCACUACCUACGCAAUAUGCAUAUUUACUCGACAUAUCAUAUUCUAUACAAAUAUUCAAUCAAUCUACAUUCUAAGAAACUUUACUAUUUAUCAAAUCUUCAUAAUCACAAAUUAUUAACUACUUAUAAUUGUAAGGAAUGUUAGAACUACUAUAGUGGUAUGUGCGUGCAAGAAUAAAAUGCCAUUGUAUGUGUUCAUCAUUGAAAUAGAUAAAAUAUAAGUGCUCUACCCUCUGUAUUUAAAUGUAUUCUGUUUGGUUUCAUUUGGUACUUGAUGUCCCUUUGGCAGUUAGUCAAUGUAUUGUUUUUUCAUCAAAUGAUAAUACUACUAAUUAAGUUUUGUAUCUUUUAUUGUAAAAUAUAACAUUUGGUUCAACAUUCAAUAUAGUAUGAAAUAACCAUGUCAUGAAUGAACGUAAGCUGAAUUUAAAUAGUUCUGGUACAAAUGUAUUUACUUGCGGUAUCCUCGUUACCUACUUAGUAUAAAAAUAUUGACAAAUCGAGUAUUUCUACAGAUAAAAUAUAGUUUCUAGUUUGCAUUUUAUGUAGAAGAACUCGAUUGUGCUGUACUUAAUUGUUUAAAAAUGCAGCGCGUUCAUGGAUUUGGAGAAUAUUUUGUAUUUAAUAUCAAUAAGAUUAUCGUUAGGAGUGUUAUUGAUUUUAAUAAUAGAAUUUUAAUAAUUUGUAAACUGUGAUUGAAUUUUGAUUAGAUAGCUUGAACUACGUAAGUUCGUGAAUAUGCCAGAGACUACUUUUUUGUGUUUGUUC